GGAGAAGUGGAAUCUCGCCGGCGCCGCUCCCUGCGCGGGACUCGCGGGGCGCCACUGGGCAUGCUCAGUCGCCGGAGCCGUCGGGACCGCAAGUAGGAAGCUCGCGCGCGGCGCCCGCAGCUGAUCGGGGCGCUCGGGGGCGGGCGAGCCUGCCGCGGAGCCGUGCCGGAGCCGGGGCGAGCGGCGCGCGCCCACGCCGGUUGGAGCUGCUGUGGUGAGUGGCUGUGGUCUGUCGCCAAGCAUGCUGUGGUCGGAUCUGCCCAGCCGCGGAACAGAAACGUUUGCUGGAUGGAAAAUCCAUAAAAGAAAGCUCCUCUGAAAGCCCCAAAGAGACCAGAACGGACGCAAAAGCAGAUAUAACUGGGCUGUCUGACCUCAGGAGCGAUCGCUAUUAAUGAAGAGCCGUGGUGGGCGAAAGGAGGUUGCCUUCGGGGCUUGGCACCAAAGACCUGGGAAAAAUUUCAGCUUAUAACUUGUUUCCUGCACUGUUGCCGACAUCUGGGGAAUCCAUGUCAGAAGUACUUCCAGCUGACUCCGGUGCAGACCCCCUGGCAGUGUUUAUGGCCAGCAGCGGACCCACAGACGUCUCGAAUCGGAACAGUCCGGCCACCCCCCCAAACACCCUGAACCUCCGUUCCUCCCACAAUGAACUGCUGAACGCGGAGAUCAAGCACCCGGACGUCAAGAACAACACCCCCCCUAAAUGCAGGAAAAAGUACGCGCUGACGAACAUCCAGGCUGCCAUGGGCCUCAGCGACCCCGCCGCGCAGCCCCUGCUGGGCGGCGGCUCCGCCAACAUCAAGCUGGUGAAGAACGGGGAGAACCAGCUCCGCAAGGCGGCCGAGCAAGGGCAGCAGGACCCCAACAAAAACGUCAGCCCCACGGCCGCCCUCAUCUGCCUGACGUCCGAGAAGCUGGAGGGCAAAGAGCCGGCGUCGGCGGCGGCGCGAGAGUCGUCGGGCUGUGACCUGCUGCCGCAGCCCCGCAGAGCCAAGAGCUUCCUCGACUACUAUGCAGACCUGGAGACCUCGGCCCGCGAGCUCCAGCACAACCUGGGCAACCGCCACGAGGCGCUGGACCAGAAGGGCCGCGAGGGCCAGGGCCCCGCGCCCAGCAUCCUGGAGAACGGAGACCUGCAGCUGCAGAAGCCUGGCCAGCCCCAGUCCAGCCCCGAGGACGGCCAGGUGGCCACGGUGUCCUCCAGCCCCGAGACCAAGAAGGAUCAUCCCAAGACCGGGGCAAAAACUGAUUGUGCCCUGCACCGGAUCCAGAACCUGGCGCCCAGUGAUGAGGAGUCCAGCUGGACCACCCUGUCCCAAGAGAGCGCCUCCCCCAGCUCCCCGGAUGAAACAGCAGAUAUAUGGGCUGAUCACUCUUUCCAGACAGACCCAGAUUUGCCGCCUGGCUGGAAAAGAAUCAACGAUAUCGCUGGGACCUAUUACUGGCACAUACCAACGGGAACCACCCAGUGGGAGCGCCCUGCCUGCGUCCCCGAGGAGCCACAGGCCCCUCGGAAGGGGUCACUCGGCUCGGUCACGCCGUCUCCCACCCCGGAGAACGAGAAACAGUCUUGGAGUGAUUUUGCUGUUCUGAAUGGGGGAAAGAUUAAUAGUGACAUUUGGAAGGACUUGCAUGCCGCCACCGUGAACCCAGACCCCAGCUUAAAAGAAUUUGAAGGAGCCACACUUCGCUAUGCAUCUCUGAAACUCAGAAAUCCCCCUCACGCGGACGACGAUGAUUCUGCCAGCAUCAACAGCGACCCGGAGGCCAAGUGUUUCGCUGUGCGCUCCCUGGGAUGGGUGGAGAUGGCCGAGGACGACCUGGCCCCCGGGAAAAGCAGCGUCGCUGUCAACAACUGCAUCCGACAGCUGUCCUACUGCAAGAACGACAUCCGGGACACAGUCGGCAUCUGGGGAGAGGGCAAGGACAUGUACCUCAUCCUGGAGAACGACAUGCUGAGCCUGGUGGACCCCAUGGACCGCUCGGUGCUGCACUCCCAGCCCAUCGUGAGCAUCCGCGUGUGGGGCGUGGGCCGCGACAACGGCCGAGAUUUUGCCUAUGUGGCGAGAGACAAAGAUACAAGGAUCUUGAAAUGUCAUGUGUUUCGAUGUGACACACCCGCCAAAGCCAUUGCCACGAGUCUCCACGAAAUCUGCUCCAAGAUUAUGGCCGAGCGGAAGAAUGCCAAAGCGCUGGCUUGCAGUGCCCUGCAGGAGAGGAGCGGCCUGGACAUGCCCUUGCAAGUAGAUUUUCCAACGCCAAAGACCGAGCUGGUUCAGAAGUUCCACGUGCAGUACCUGGGCAUGUUGCCUGUCGACAAACCUGUUGGGAUAGACACCCUGAACAAUGCCAUAGAGAGUCUCAUGACCUCUUCCGACAAGGAGGAGUGGCCGUCCGUGAACAUGAAUGUGGCCGACGCCACCGUGACUGUCAUCGGUGAGAAGAGUGAAGAGGAAGUGCUGGUGGAGUGCCGCGUGCGGUUCCUCUCCUUCAUGGGCGUCGGGAAGGACGCACACACCUUCGCCUUCAUCAUGGACACGGGGAACCAGCGCUUCGAGUGCCACGUGUUCUGGUGUGAGCCCAACGCCGGCAACGUGUCGGAGGCGGUGCAGGCUGCCUGCAUGCUGCGGUACCAGAAGUGCCUGGUGGCCAGGCCGCCCUCACACAAAGUCUGCCCCCCUCCACCUCCCGUGGACUCGGUCACCCGAAGAGUCACGACCAACGUGAAACGUGGGGUCCUGUCCCUCAUUGACACUUUGAAACAGAAACGCCCCAUCCCAGACACGCCCUAACUGCCGGUGGGGGCCUGGUGACAGCACUGGAGACUCCGCUGCACUUCGGCCCGCCCUUCCCCCUCCCGUGGCCGGCCGGCACUCAGCCUUCAGAGAACCUCCCCCACCGGCCCAGGGUUGAGACAAGCAUGUCCUCUCGUCUUGCCACCACCGCGCCAUCUGGGAAGGAGCAUGGCUACUUCUGUUGCAGCCUGUGACGUCGUGAACUGCGGGGAGGGCUUUCACUGUAAAUAUCGGGAACACGAACUUCACAGGUAGCAGGGGGAGGGGGAGGAAGCAUCGGGGCACCCCUUCCUGCGAGAGCUGGAGCCCAGGCCUCCGUGUCUCCCGGCCUUGGAGGGGUCCACCACAGAAGACCCCUGCCCUACCACCUCUUGCCCUGCUCCCAACACCAGAGUCAGACACUGCAAACACCAGAUACACCACUGAACCACUGGGGGGUCUAGGGAGGGCGUGGAAGGACACAUUCCUCCAAGUCGUUCAGAAAACGGAACCUUUGGGUUCACAUCAUCAGCUGUUGGUGUCAGAAUGAAAACACGACUGGCAUCUCUGAGUGAGGUGCUCACGACAUAGGGACAUUUCAUUCUGCAGCGCUUUGUGGGGUGUCGGGGACAAGUGCGACUUCAGAAUGGAAACACAGACUAACUAUUGGACACACACGGGGGGGGGCAAAAAUAAAAAAAAGAAUUAAAAAUAAACCUUCUUUUCGGAGGGUUUUCCGAUGGACCAUUAAAUGAAAGAUUCGCAAAGAUCAUCGUGUGCGUUUUGGAUGGGACAUAUUUCAAACUUCUGCCUUAUAUUGUACAACGCAGCUAGAGAAUUAACACUGCACAUGGCCAUUCUCCCCACAAACAACAUUUAAACGGAGUCGUCCUCGUAAGCCUUUCAUCCUCAGUCCACCCCACUUGGCCAGUAUGCAAUUUGGAAUUGAGGACAUGCCAUUUCUAGUCUCGGUCGCCGCCGCUGUGAUGCUUCGUUGAUCCUCCUAGGAAGGUGCCCCUCCAGGGUUCCGCACCUAGCUCCAUCUUCCCCUAACUGCUUUUUGCCCAGAAAGCAUGUCUGUCCCUCAUGUACUGUCCAUGGCAACUGUUUAUGUCACAUUGAACUGUCCUUAAAUUUACGUCUGUGUUCUCAGAAUUGGUUAAACGAGAUAUAUUUUUUUAAUUUAUAUAUUUUUUCCAUUUCUUUUCAAGAUUUAAAAACUUUUCCUACUCAGACUGAGAUAUAGACAUAGGACUCACGGACUCUUUCACCACUUGACGCCAAGACACGUUUCCUCGAUUCCCUCUAUCCAGAUAAAGAAAUGUAGCUGUAAGGAUAAGACAGAAUUUAGGCUCCAGUUGACAGUGCUGUGUUAAAAGGAAGAGGCCAGGGAGGGCAUAAUCUAAAUUAUCUGUCGUUGGCUUUUGUUAUGUCAGGAUGAACGUUUUCCCACAGCCAGCUACGAAAGUAAGUGCUGGAAGUCUCUCCCACUGCUGUGUGCUGGUUGGAAUGGUUUCCUCACUCAUAGCUCAGUGUGAGCCUUAGCAAGGGUGUACCUGACACAUUCGCAAAAGGGAAGCACCUCACGGCAUCUGCUAGUCUGCAAGCUCACAAAGGAGGGACCGCCGAGGAGCCUGGCUUCCCAGCUCGUGGCCCUGCCAUACUGGGCUGCUUGGACACCUGGCCGGACGCGUCUUUCCACGGUGGCUCUGAGCACAGCCAGACCCAGUCGUGAGCUCUCUGCCCUUCCAGAAUCCUAGGGAAACCUGUCCAGAUUCCUUAUGCGUUGGUUUAAUAACCCCCUCACCCUGAUGCAGACAGCCCAGGGCAGUUUGCUUGCAGCGUUGCUGCCUUCCUGUGUUAGAGGGACAGAUGGACCCAGGAGCUUUCCUAAGGUACAUCACAUUCCCUGUAAAGAGAUUCCUAAUUCCGGGUCCUUGGCUACCAGACGGCAGGGCCACCGAGUAGCCCUGCCCUCUAUUCCUUCUCAGAAUCCUGGAGUCAUUUACUGACAGCCUAUGCUGUGAACCCCAAAAAGAUGCCACUUGAAGAGUGAGUUGUACUUCCAGCCCCUGUCUUACUCAAAGUCCCGGGUGCCACUGGAAGGAAUUCUAGCGUUAAGAAAAUCCUUCCUGUGACCUUUGGAAAUCCUUCAAUGGUCAGUUGUCGUGGUCUUGGUCUCUGCGGUGACCCCAUUUCUAAUGUAAUAAACUUCAAAAUUCUGAACAAACCAUCCACUUUCAGAGUGGAAAUCGCUACCAAAACCCCCCUGUUCCUUCUUUAAGGCCUUUGUUCAUUUGUUUUCAGGAUCAAGAAUAUUGAGCUCGCUUUAAGUAGCAAACUGACUUAUAUAUGCAAUUACAGGAUGCAUUAUGAUGAAUGAUAUAGCCUUUACCUAUUGAAAACCGAACUGCAUAUAUUUUGUUUGGAAAAUAGCUUUGCAUACUAAAUGCAAUUAAUUUUGUAAAAGUAAUUCUGUUAAACAGUAUGUUCAGACACUUUCUGCCAUGGCCAAAAAGUAUGUAUGAAAAGUAUGUGUGUCUCUGUGAAAGGAUGCCAAUGUUUUACCUGAUAUUGUAGUGACACUUGAGUUAUCUAUGCAUUCUUUAUAUCUGUGAUUGGUAAACAGGCAGCCAUGUUCACAAUGCCUUGUAUGUCUUAUCAUUUUUUUAAUUAACCUGUUAAAUACAGCUUAAAAUAUUUUUAUUUUAUUUAUUCUAUUUUUACUGAAAUAUACUGCAUUCUUGUGUUGAUGUAUUAUCUUUGCUGGAUAUUAUCUCACAAUGUGUCCAGGUAUAAGUAAUCUCAGUGAACUAUCUAUACAUUGACUACAAGGUGGUUUUGUAAUGAUUUGUAGUCACGUUUUUUUAUCGGACUAUGUAGAAGAAAUGGCAAAACGCUUAAAGGCCCCUUUUAUUUUUUAAAAGCAGCUAGACGUACACUUGCCACCUUAUAUGUGUGCUCCUCAGCACCAAGGGAAGAGCCGACCUACCUGUGGCCACAAAACUUGCCUUUGCAAGCAUGAACCAGUGACGUGCACCCGAGAUCCUCCCUCACACGUGCUCACUCUGCCAGAGACCAACACGACAGUGCUCUCUGGCUCCGCCUGGCACGCUCACCCAGGCGGAGUGACUGCCACUGGCUUUGGUUUGCGUCUGUCCUGUGCCAAAGGGACACUAGGCCCAUUUCCAUGAAAAGAAGUUCUUGGCGAUAAAUUGCUGGCACUGCUACUUACAAAAAAAAUUAAACAUGAUUAAACAUGUAAUUUCACAAUUUCAGGAUGAACAGCCACUGACGAACCUGUAGCGGGUUAGGUUCUAGAAAGAAGCCCUUCCAUCUCUCUCCUCGUUUGGCACACUCCUUUCAUCUGCGUGACAGGAUAGAUCUGAGGUUUCGGGAGCGGCAGGAAAACAUUCCCCUAAUGGUCGGUCGUUUGAUCAGUGAUGCUGUUCAAUCAUCCCUCCCCCGCCAGGCUUGCUCAGCGUAGUGAUGCGGGUCACACACGGGGCCCAGGCAGUGAUGGCUUAUUUCAGCUGAGGGUCCCUCUGAUGCUGAGUGUCGGGGAGAGCACCCCCUGCCAUCCCGAGCAGUGUGUCGGUCCCCACAAAACUAUUGGUUCUCCCUGUUUCCCUUUGUGCUGUCAACCACUUUCAUUUAAGUGUAAUCUGUUGUGAGAAUAAAGUUAGCUGCGUAAAAUGUU